UGUCUGUGUUCUGUGUCUGUUUGAGGUUCCGCCCCGGUGUCCGGUUCGCCGUCGUGACGUCACUCGCCGGACUCUCGGCUGCGCGAGGACGGGACGGGGCGGGGGGCGGCUAGCGGCGACCUUUUCUCUUUAUUUUUCCUCCUUUUCUCCCUAAAAACACCCUCAUCAUCCCCGAGACGCACCGAACGGGCUUCCCGCGGCCGGACAGCACGUCACGCGGCGAAAGGGCUCGCGGCCUCCGCGGGAAAGUUUCUGAGCGGCGCUCGUGACAGCGGCGGGAACCUCGCGCGGCUCCGGGAUUACACGAGGCGGGGACUCGGCGCGGAUAACGGAGAAAUAACGUCAAAUACUGUCGAAGUUUGUGUGUACAUAUAAAUAGCGUGAAAGUCGGAGCCGCAGCGCCCCCUCCGGUGAACUCUGCAGCGACACACCGGCGAUCCGCGGAACUCCGUGAAGGAUGGCCGCCUCAGUGAAGGUAGCGGUGAGAGUUCGGCCCUUUAACUCCCGCGAAACCAGCCGAGAUGCUAGAUGUGUCAUACAGAUGCAGGGAAACACCACCUGCAUCUGGAACCCCAAACAACCCAAAGAAACAGCCAAGAACUUCAGCUUUGACUAUUCGUACUGGUCUCACAGCACGGAGGACGACCCAGCGUUCGCGUCCCAGCGGCAGGUGUAUCUGGACAUCGGGGAGGAGAUGCUGCUUCACGCCUUUGAGGGCUACAACGUCUGUAUAUUCGCCUACGGUCAGACCGGAGCCGGAAAGUCCUACACCAUGAUGGGAAAACAAGAGCCUGGACAACAAGGCAUCAUUCCACAGAUGUGUGAGGAUCUGUUCAAGCGCACCAGUGAGAACACGGAUCCGGAUCUGUCCUGCUCCGUAGAGGUGUCCUAUAUGGAGAUCUACUGCGAGCGAGUGCGGGAUCUGCUCAACCCCAAGAGUAAAGGAGCGCUGCGGGUGCGAGAGCAUCCCAUCAUGGGGCCGUACGUCGAGGAUCUCUCCAAACUCGCCGUCACGUCCUUCCAUGACAUCAGAGACCUCAUGGACGCGGGGAACAAGGCCCGGACGGUGGCAGCGACGAACAUGAACGAGACCAGCAGCCGAUCACACGCCGUCUUCACCAUCGUCUUCACUCAGCGCCGCCGAGAUCAGCUGACCAGCCUCAACACAGAGAAGGUCAGUAAGGUGAGUCUGGUGGAUCUGGCGGGGAGUGAGCGAGCAGAUUCUUCCGGAGCCAAAGGCGUGAGAUUAAAGGAAGGUGCUAAUAUCAAUAAAUCUCUCACCACGCUGGGGAAGGUCAUCUCCGCUCUGGCUGAAAUGCAAAACAGCAAAAGAAGGAAGAGUGAGUUCAUCCCAUACAGAGACUCAGUGCUCACCUGGAUACUGAAGGAGAACCUGGGUGGUAAUUCUCGUACGGCUAUGAUCGCUGCUCUCAGUCCUGCAGAUAUUAAUUAUGAGGAAACACUCAGCACUCUCAGAUAUGCUGACCGUGCGAAGCAGAUCCGCUGUAACGCUGUAAUUAACGAGGAUCCAAACGCUCGUCUGAUCAGAGAACUGAAGGAGGAAGUGAACCGACUCCGAGAUCUGCUGCUGUCACAAGGACUGAGCCGUCUGAUCACUGCUCCAGCUGCUGAAGUCAAUAAUAACCAUGUGGGCGUCACUCUAAUGCCUGCUGACCCCGCCUCCAGUGGAGCCCAACCCACAUCCACACCUGUCCCAGGAGAAGGCCCCGCCUCUGAGCGUGACCCCGCCUCUCUGGAUGGCCACAGCCAAUUAGAAGAGUUUCCGGGUGAGAUGAUUACCAAUGAGGAGGCGGUGGAGAGACUGAAGGAAACAGAGAAGAUCAUCGCUGAGCUGAAUGAGACGUGGGAGGAGAAGCUGAGGAAGACGGAGUCUAUACGCCUGGAGAGGGAAUCAAUUCUGGCAGAGAUGGGAGUGUCCAUUAAAGAGGACGGAGGAACUGUCGGAGUGUUUUCACCAAAAGGGACUCCUCACCUGGUGAAUCUGAACGAGGAUCCGCUGAUGUCUGAGUGUCUGCUGUACUACAUCAAACAAAACCACCAGGUUGGUCAGAAGGACGUGGACAUCAAGCUCAGUGGUCAGUUCAUUAAAGAGCAGCACUGUGUGUUUUACAGCUACAUCAACCAGAACGGAGGAGUGGACGUGACUCUGGAGCCGCUGGAGGGAGCGGAGACGUACGUGAACGGGAAGCAGAUCACCGAGUGUGUGUUGCUCAGACAGGGAAACCGCAUCGUGAUGGGCAAGAGCCACGUGUUCCGGUUCAAUCACCCGGAGCAGGCGCGUCUGGAGCGCGAGCGCAGCAGCUGUGUGGAGCAGCAGGGCGAGCCGGCCGACUGGAGCUACGCUCAGAGAGAGCUGCUGGAGAAACAGGGCAUCGACAUCAAGCUGGAGAUGGAGAGGAGGUUACAGGACGUGGAGAUUCAGUACCGGAGAGAGAAAGAGGAAGCAGACCUACUGCUGGAGCAACAGAGACUGUACGCAGAUUCAGACAGUGGAGAUGACUCUGACAAACGCUCAUGUGAAGAGAGCUGGAGACUCAUUUCCUCCCUGAGAGAGAAACUACCAGCUAACAAGGUUCAGUCCAUAGUGAAGCGCUGUGGUUUACCCAGCAGCGGCAAACGGCGCGAGCCGCUCCGCGUCUAUCAGAUCCCGCAGCGCAGACGCAUCAGCAAGGACCCCCAGCAGGUGACCAUGAGCGACCUGAAGCUGCAGGCGGUGAAGGAGAUCUGCUACGAGGUGGCGCUCGGAGAGUUCCGGCACUCGCGGCGCGAGAUGGAGGCGCUGGCCAUCGUCAAGAUGAAGGAGCUCUGCCGCAUGUACAACAAACGAGACGCGGCCGAGAGUGAGUCCUGGAGGGAGGUGGCGCAGGACGUGUGGGACACGGUGGGCAUCGUAGACGAGCGCACGCUGGAGACGACAGACGGAGAGAACGGUGUGUGUGACCUCAGAGCACACAUCGACAAACUGACCGACAUCCUGCAGGAGGUCAAAGAGCAGAACAACAUGAAGGACGAGGAGAUCAGAGCCCUCAGAGACCGCAUGAUAAAGAUGGAGAGCAUCAUCCCAGCAGUGCAGCAGGAUGAUGAUGAUGAUGACGAAUCGGAGGAACUGGCCGUGAAUGGCGAUCAGGGGCGGGGCGAUGAGCAGGAUGGGUGUGGCCCUGUGGAGCUCCUCCCUAAGGAAGAGCGAGUGUCACGGCUGAUGGAAGAAGACCCUGCCUUCCGGAGGGGCCGCAUGCGCUGGCUCAAGCAGGAGCAGAUGCGUCUGCACAACCUGCAGCAGCAGCAGAUCACCAAGCGUCUGCGCAGAGGGGGCGGAGCCGGGGCCGGGGAGGGCGUGGUCCACCUUCCUGGAACGGGACGCUUCAUUCCCCCUCAGGACUGCAAGCUGAAAUUCCCCUUUAAGAGCAACCCACAGCACCGGCUCUCCUGGGGCCCGAAUGCAUCCGUCACUCUGGAAGAUCUCAAGGAUGAGCGCAGUGAGGGACGAGGCCCCGCCCCUGGCGUGCCGUUACUUCCUCUACCGUUCCAAGUGCCGGUCAUCAUGCGUGCGCCCUCCCCCAGCCAUCCCUGGCAACCUCCCCAAUACGGCAGCGGUAACUAUGGCAACGGCAAUCCAUUUCCUCAACUACAGUGGCGCUACAGGCGCAACUCACUGGAUGGCUCCACCGUGCCUGGCAACCAGGGUUACUAUAGCAACGGUCACCACAACAAUAACGGCGCGCAGCAUUCGGGACGCGGUCGCUAUCGACAACAGUCGCCGGGUCCUUGCGUGCGCGGGGAGGGUGCAUACGCACAACCGUACAUCAGUCAUCAGCGGCCCGUUUUCCAGACUCUACCGCACACGCUUUCUGAUCACCAGCGCGGCAGAAACCAAAAACCACAGGGCUACGUCACUCCGCCGCGCAUGAGACGGCAGUACAGCGCGCCCGACCUGAAGAGCAAAGAAACGCCCGUCUGAUGAGUCCGUCGUUUACUGUCCUUCACUCACGAUGUCAUGAAAUACAAGCGUGUUGUUCUGAUGGGGUAGUUAACAGUCUCGUGUAGCCGGACUAUCAGCAGAAAGAGCUCAUUCUGGCCAAGAACCGCCCACUUUUGACAGAAGAAGAGUGUCUGAGUGACAGUUCAGACCUGUUCGCGACGAGAGAGAGAACUAUGAUGAUGAAGGUUUAAUAUUCGCUCACAUUUACUGUAGUCCCGCACAUUUUUGCAGACGAAAUCAAGUCAUUUUAACAGGAAUCUAUGCGAUUGAGAAUUUCACAUGAGAGCGGAAGAUUUCUCAACUGGUUGGUCUGACAAAUUUGGCACAUUGACCAUCAAAAGCUUGGAUUGAAAGUGAUUUCUUGGAUUGUAAGAGACAAAGGACCUUUUUUCGUUUGUGAAAUUUGGCCAAAAAUUCACAAAUGUGACCUUGCUUUAAACUGUUUUAUGUAUCAGUACACUUUUGAUUAUUGAAUACAGACUUUUUUAGUUUGUUACAUUUUGAAUGUUUUGCUAAUGUAACCGUCACUUAAUUAGAAGUCUACAUCACAGCUAUAACGAUUAGUUCUGCACAUCUUUGGAGCUGAAAUCAAGUCAUUUUAAUAGGAAUCUACGUGAUUGGGAAUUUUUCACAGAAGAUUUCCUCACGCAGAUUUCACAACUGCUCCAAGUUGGUCAGGCAAAUCUGCCACGUUGACCAACAAAAAGCUUGCAUUAAAAGCGAUUUCUCGGUUUAUCAGAGACAAUGGAUGUUUUUUUUUAUCUGCGACCACCGGCAAAAAAAAACCCCGCUAAUGUGACCUUGCUUUGAGCAUUCAUUUACA